UUGGAGUGCAUCCAUGAAAUCGCAGCCGCACUGGCCUUCGCGAGGAUGAGCGGCGACUCUGUUUACCGUGUCGACACCACGGCUCGACUCGCCCAAUGGCGGAUCGAAAAUUUGGCUUCUUGUACUUACCGUAAAUCCGAUCCUUUCAAGAUCGGCAAGUGGAAUUGGCAUUUAACUGUGGAGAAGAAUCGAAUGUUGUUCAUCAAACUGUAUCCUGAAGUAUCGAAUUUAACAAGAGACAACCCUCCAAUUGCAUCUUUUAUCAUUCGAGUGAUCUGCUCCGUGGGAGAUCGGAAGGCUUUGAUUCACCCAGAAAUUACAGACAAGCAGCUCAAGAACAAUGAUGAUUUUGUUUGGGCUAUUGAGGUUCCAUUGACAGGGAAAUUCAUAAUUGAUGUUGAAUUUCUUGAUUUGAAGAUUGCACCUCCAGAUGCUGGUGGAGAACCUUGCUCAAUCUGGGCUGAAUCAUCUGCGCAAAAGCAAUCGAAUGCAACAGCCCUCUCUGCCCUUGGCAAAAUGUUAUCAGAAGGUAUUCACACAGACAUUGUAAUCAACACUUCAGACGGAAGCAUUGGAGCCCAUCGCGCAGUUCUUGCUGCUCAAUCACCUGUUUUUCGCAGUAUGUUCUCACACAACCUCAAAGAAAAGGAACUAUCAACUGUAAACAUCUCUGAUAUGUCCAUUGAGGCUUGUCAAGCUUUUCUCAACUACAUUUAUGGGAACAUACAACAAGAAGAGUUUCUGAGCCACAGGCUAGGCCUUCUGCAAGCAGCUGACAAGUAUGACAUUGCGGACUUGAAAGAGGCGUGCCACGAGAGCCUUCUUCAAGAUAUUGACACGGAGAAUGUGCUUGAGAGGCUUCAAAAUGCUUCUCUGUAUCGAUUGCCUAAAUUGAAGGCGAAUUGCAUGCGGUAUCUAGUGAAAUUUGGUAAGAUAUUUGACAUUCGAGAUGAUUUCGAUUCAUUUAUGCAAUGUACUGACAGGGAACUUGUUGCUGAGAUCUUCCAUGAAGUUCUUGCUUCUUGGAAAGGUUUCUGAAAUUCUGCUCAAAAGGGAGGUUUGGGAAAGAGAAGAAUUGGUCAAUUAGUUUAUCUGUGUCCAUGAAAAUGGGUUGUUAGAAGAAUUGUAUUGUGCAAAAGAGUUAAAUUCACCUUUAAUCCUUAAAUUAAACGAUAAUCAUUUUUUCUAUUUCA